AUGAGUAGUGAUUCGGGAAAGCAGCUAGGGCAAAAUUCAAUGUCACGCACUGAAGUUGAAUUUGCUGUACGGAAAAAUGAUAUUUUACUGCAAUGCAGUAAUUUUGGUUUUGUUGAACAAUCCAAAAAUGGUGAUUCAUCUAUUGUUAAGAAAUACAAAUGGAUUAACAAAAACAACAUGCAAGCAGAGGUUAUAACUUAUGGCGCAACUAUAACCAAAAUACUAGUUCCGGACAAGAAUGGCAAAUUAGCCGACAUAGUCUUAGGAUUCGACGACAUACAAGAAUACGAAAACAACAAAAACCCCAACAUUGGAUGUACUAUUGGUCGUGUUACCAAUCGAAUUUCCAACGGCAAGUUUGUUAUCGGAGAAAGAGAAAUAGUUCUGGAAACAAAUGCAGACGGUCAUCAUUUACAUAGUGAAGCGUCCGGAUUCAGCAAGAGAAAUUGGAAAGCAACAAAUGAAGGCACGAUGGUUAUCAUGUCCCUCUUAUCUUUGGAUGGAGACGGUGGCUAUCCAGGAGACGUAUUAAGUCAUGUUACAUUCUAUCUGGACAACGAUAAUAAUUUUCAUAUAAAAAUGCAAGCUGUUGUUUCGGAAGAAACACCUAUAAAUAUGACCAAUCACUCGUAUUUUAAUCUUGGAGGGCACGAAAGUGGACAAGACUCGUUGUAUGAACAUUUUUUGACGAUUAACGCUGACAAAAUUACAGUAAACGACUGUGACACAAUACCAACAGGAAAGUUUCAGAGUGUCACAGGAAGCAAAUUUGACUUUAGGGUAUCUCGUAAUAUUGGCAAAUCGAUAUCUCAUACAUACUUUGGAUUUGAUGAUAAUUUUUGCAUAACGAAAGGUACCGAUCAAAAACUCUGUUUUAUGGCAAGAGCAAUACAUCCAAAUUCCGGCCGUUAUUUAGAAGUUUAUAGUGAUCAGCCGGGACUACAGUUUUACACUGCAAACUCAUUACCGGAUCAGGUAAAAUCAAAUGCUACAGAAGUUAACAAUUUUUCGUAUAAAACGGAUAGCAUAACGCAUCUUGAUCCAGUGCCCAUUGAGAUGACAUCAGUACUCACAGAAGAAUUAAUUUGUACGCACCAAAAAGAGUUUAACAAGGAGGAGCCUCUUAAGGGGAAAGGUGGUGCAUUGUAUACGAAACAUGGGGCUUUUUGUUUGGAGCCACAAAAAUAUCCGGAUGCUGUAAACCGACCUGAAUUUCCCUCAAUAAUUGUCAAGCCAGAAAGCUUAUAUUCACACAAUAUUAUUUUCAAAUUUGGUGUAGUUUAAGUAAUAAUUAAUAAAAUUCU